AUGAUAAGGGUUUUAUUGAUAAUGUCAUUUUUUCUUCUUUCAGGCUGUGAAGAGCAUUGUAUUCGGCCGCAGGAUAUAGGAGCACGUGAAAAAUUCAAUAUAGUUUCAACACAACAAAAAUGGGUUAGUUCUGAGGUUGAGGUUUCAGCAGGAAUGAAAGUAGUGGAAAUCGAUAUAGUAGCUAACGAACUUGAUUUUUGUACCAAACAAGGUGAAGUAAGUAAGGAUGUUUUGGUUUAUCCUAAUCCUAAUCAGUUUUCUGUUAAUAUACUUUACCUUCCUGUAGAAUUGCCAUUUGAACUAAAAGCUGGAGAUACAAUAAGUUUCAGUAUUAUUGAGAAUAAAAUAUGUAAGAAUAAUGGUAAUGGGGAUGAAAGACCUAUAAACAUUGAUGAAACCUGCAGUGAAGAAGAAACGGCAUACUUUGCAAAGAUUUUAAAUCAGCAAGACUGUGAUAGCCAGAAAUGUCCAAAUAAGUAUUUAUUAAAUGGGGGAAGAUGGUUAAAUGGUAAGGAGUAUUGGCCAGAUAAUAUGAAAGAAGAUGAGAUAAGAACAACGAAAGAAGAAAUAGAAAAAGUUCUCAGACAAAAUGGAGCCAUAGAUUGCAGUAAUCUUCCUAAUAUGGUUGGUAAGAUAGAUACGUAUCUUUUAAAUCUCAUGAAUAACAAAUGUAAUCCUCAAAAUUUUGCACAAUUUGAAUCUCUUCUUAACAGCCAAAGAUUAAUCUUAGAUCUUGAAGAUGCUUUAAGUAAUACUAGUGAUGGUGAUGGUGAUGGUUAUGCUAAAGUAGCUGAGGCUAUAAGAAAGUUUACAGAAGUAAAAGAGGCAGAAACUUACAUACCGUCACUAAUGAUAUAUAUGAACGAUGAGAAUUUUAAUCAUAUACCAGGCGUUAUAUUAACUAAUUAUGGUUAUGAAAUUAAAAAAGAUCAUAGUAAGGGUGAAAAGUUAUUUUUUAACUUAGGUUACGGUAAUAGCGGUAAAGGUGGUUACAAUAUUAGAGUUCAAAGGAAUAUAAAUCUAAACAACAAGAGUAUAAAUACAAAUCACGUCCUUUACAUGCAUGUAGCAGAUAGCAUACCAAAGCAUAAUCCUGGUGAGAAUAUAACAGAUGAUAUACCUGUAGAUAUUAGCAAAGUUUAUGAUCACGAUCACAUAGACGAUAUAAUGAAAAAAUUGAAUAGAAAAACAGGUAAAAUAUACUUUGGGAUAAAAGAUUAUGGGUGCAACUAUAAAAAUAAUAAAGGUAAUUUUAAUAUUAACAUAACAGCUAAAGAGCCACCCGUUAGGACUUUCAGUGCAAUAUAUAAUUUCUUUGAUACGGGAGUAAAAAAAGCAUUUUUUGGUUUUAAUGAUGACACCCAAAAACCUAAUAGCUUUUCUGGUAGUGGAGAUAGCCCAACAAAACGUCUUUAUGAAAGCUUUGUAACAUCAAAUAAAUCGGCCACGGCCACUAUUAGAUCUACAAUAAUAGCGUUAUUGGUACUUUAUAUCGUUCUCUAUACUCUCUAUUACUUUUUUGGAUUGACCCAUGCUUCUAUACAUGAGUUUUUGAUUGUCUGUGUAAAGAUAGCAAUUAUUACUCAGCUACUACGCGAUGACAGUUGGAAUUUUUUCUAUAAUAACGCAUUUUCUAUAUUUGUGAAUGCUCCAAUCGAGUUGAUAAGGAUAGCAAAUUUAAGAGGCACUGAUCCGAAUGUUAACGUUUUUGAGUUUCUUGAUUUACCAUUGAAUAGGUUUUUAUCAUGGCAGUCUAUACUAUUAAUAGUAUCUCUAUUAUUUUCUGGUCCUUUAGGUAUUGUAGCUUUUUGCUUGGUAAUUUGGGGUUUUAUAAUAGUAUCUUUGGCUAUUUUUAAUAUUCUUUUUUCUUUUAUUACGUCUGUUGCAAUAAUGGCUUUGUUGCUUUCUUUAGCACCUAUAUUUAUCAUCUGUGCUUUAUUUCAAUAUACCAGACAAAUGUUUUUUAGAUGGGUUGGAUAUUUGGCAAGAUUUGCAAUUUAUCCAGUAAUACUUUUGAUUUGUGUGUCAUUAAUAAGUCAAGUUAUGGACUAUAUUGUAUAUUCAGUGUUUAAUUUUGAAGUCUGUUCUAAAUGCAUAUUGUCAAUUAAUCUUAAGCUUUUUGAACCUUGUCUCUUUCAUUAUUAUGCUGCUAAACAUACACCUAACAUCACUGCUAUUAUGGCCUUUAUUAUUUUAGGUCACGCUAUGAAAGCUUUACUUGAAGCUGCUUCAGAGAUAUCUGAUACAUUAUUCAGCAGUUACGUAUCAAAUGAACCUGGCAAACAAUAUAAGCAAAGUUUAUUAGGAGUAGGAGGUAUAGAUGAACAUAGUAGACAAGAAAGACAAGGUUCUGCACCAACUCAACCGUUAAGUAAAAGACCUCAAAUACCUCAACAAAGGUCUCAAGGAUCUCAGAAACCUCAAAUACCAAAUGAAAAGUAA